AGCAGCCAAUGAGUUCUCACGGAAGGUGAUAAUUCUGACUAAACUACAGAAUAAAGCCGCCAGUUAAAAUCAAGGAACGGUUGUGCUCGUGGUUACUGGAGGGAGCUACAGUGAGAACUCAAUGCUCUUCACGAGCAAGAGACAAAGAAGAAUCUCAUCCAGCUGUAAAACAUCUACAAGAUUCCCAAAUCCUGGUAGGCCCUGUCAUCUGCCAGAUAAGAGUUUUGCACCUACCUGCAACCUAAGAAGAAAAUCUCCACAUAAGGAAGCGUCAUGAGGCAACAUAAGGUCAAGGCUAACAGGAAAGUCAGACACGCAAGUACAAGUCAAGGUGUUUGAAGGUGGUCCUAGCCUUGUGAACAGCUAAUAAGAGACUUUAAGAUUACAAUUCGUAAGGACUGGAGAUAGUUGUGUAUUUCAUCAAGAUGCUGGUAUUAUGCAUUUGGUCUUUCUAUCUUAAUGUAUCGCUGGUAUGUGUAUUACUGGAAAAUAUUAUUUGAUACUUACUAAAUAUAUAUAUAGUUACAAAACAUUAAGGGUCAGCGUACACCUAUUAAUUCUAUUUUCACCUGUAAGUUAAUAGUGUAAUUGUUUGGUAAGGUGUUUGUUCAAGCCUUUGUUACAAGCAUUAAACAUGUUUAUACCAUGUACUAAGGUUUAAAUUACAGUGAAUUGGAGUAUAAAUUACCUACUCACUUAUCCAAACCUUACCUAGAAUUGAUUUGAUUUGAUUUAGAAUGUCAGAAAGAGGUAGUUUCACUAAAGGUGAUAGAGAUGGGGUGGGUCAAGUUGAGCAGCUGCAGCAACACCUCGCAAACUUCAAGCCUUCAUCAGAACAAACAGAGCAGCAGGAAGAGACCCAGACUGGUGUGGAGUCAUGGCUGCCAGCAAAUGAUGAUACAGUGGCUGCUAAUGAGACAUCACAACAAGAGCCACGAAAAGGUGAGAGGGUCCACAGGUUAACUGAAAAGGGCAGAGAACUGCGCGACGAAAUGUGGAGACAGCUCGAACAUCAUUUCAGGGUCAGCUAUGAGAAGUGGAAGGCUCUGGAAAAGGAAGCAAAACUGUCACUGACAGGCUGUUGCUCUGAAGACCUACUAGAAGACCUCUUAAACAAGAUUAGCCAUACCUCUACAGAGCUAAACCUUGUCUAUGUAAAUUUGCGUCAAAUCGACAUUCCCAACAACGAUAUACGCCGCAGAGUUGAUACUUGUGAAGCAGUUACAAUGUCUAUUAUCAAGACUGUAAGGUGUCAUUUAAAAGGCAGAGAAGAAGGUCAAAGUAACCAGAUAGAGCUGCACUGGAAGGACAGCAAUUCCUUGUGCAUGUCCGAACUCUCACAUAAGUCAAGUCUCAACUAUCAGCCCUCAAGUGCUUCCUCCCAGUCUCAAAUCAGCUCAAAGGUCAACUCCAGACGCUCAAGCGUGUCAUCUGUCAAGAGACAAGAGGCUGCGGCAGAAGUUGCUGCCAACCAAGCAGCUUUAGAAGUAAUGGUUACGCAAGAUUGCCAACUAGAAGAGUUUCAGAGACUCGAAGAUGAAGAUAAGAAGAGGACAAUGGAGCAAGAAGCUGAGGCUGUGAAACGCAGCUUAGAAGAAGCUACGCUGCGAGUCAAGUUAGAGGUAGAAAAUGCUGCCAGACGAAGGACGCUAGAAGACAAGCAUAGAGAGUUAGAGCACCUACAAGUGCUCAAGAAACUAAAUGCUGCCAAGGCACGGAUGCAAGUGUAUGAGCAAGAUGAAAACUCAGAGGACGAGAAGAGCAACUACUCUCUAACUGCAAAUCUGUGAAAGAAGUCAUGCACAGAAGUGGCUCAUUUCACAGUCUCUCACCACAACCUGUUGUGACAAGCACACAACAAGAAGAUGGCACCAAGACCAUGUUCAGGUUACUAGCGGAAUCAAUCAGUGAAAGCCGCCUCCCCAUACCAGAACCAGUAACAUUCAAUGGAGAACCACUCUCGUUCACUGACUGGAAGGUCUCUUUUCAGACUCUGAUAGAGAGGAAGAACAUACCAGCAACUGAGAAGAUAUAUUACUUAAGAAAAUAUGUCGGUGGGCCUGCCAAGAAAGCCAUCGAAAGUUACUUUAUGUUAGGAACAGAGUCAGCCUACCAUGCUGCGUGGACCAUUCUUGAAGAAAGGUACGGAAGCAAAUUCCUCAUUGCCAAGUCCUUCAGAGAUAAGCUUAAUGCAUGGCCUAAGAUAGGAUCCAAGGACAGUCUUGAACUUAGAGACCUUGUAGACUUUUUUCGCAGCUGUGAGGCUGCUAUGUCUCAGAAUAAGGGCCUGGAGGUGCUUAAUGACUGUAAUGAAAACAAAAAGAUCCUCCCUAAACUUCCAGAUUGGCUAACUUCAAGAUGGAAUAGAAAGGUCACAGACAUCUUAGAAGAAACUGAAAUCUUUCCUAGCUUCAGUCAGUUUGUGAAGUUUCUCACGAGAGAAGCCAAGAUCGCUUGCAAUCCUGUAACAUCCCUUCAUGCUUUGAAACCAAGCGAAAAUGGAAAACCUAAGACGCCAAGGAUUCAAAGCCCCGGAGCAAGGGUAUUAGCAACUAACUCUGAUGAGAAAGAUACUGUUACUAGUUGUGUCUUCUGUGAGAAGUCAGGUCACAGUCUCCAUAAAUGUUGGAAGUUCUUGGAUAAGCCCACCGCAGAGCGACAGAAGUUUGUUCAAGAGAAUAAAUUGUGCUUUGGCUGUUUAAGGCCUGGGCAUCAUUCGAAAGAUUGUGAUAACAGGAACACCUGUGACACAUGUCAGAGGAGGCAUCCAUCCUGCGUGCAUGAAGAUCGUACUAAAGAAAGGUCAAGGGAUAGGAAGACAGAGCCCCCACAAGAUAAGGGGACUAGAGCGUCAAGUGAGGCCAUAUCUUACAGAGUCGUAAGGGACAUUAACAACACUCACACCUCCACAAUCUUUCCAGUAUGGGUGUCAACUACAAGCGAGCCAAAUCGUGAAGUUCUCGUGUAUGCAGUUCUUGACACCCAGAGCGACACCACUUUUAUCCUUGAAGAGACAACAAAAGCUCUCAAUACGAAGAAGGAGCUAGUACAACUGAAACUCUCUACAAUGGCUUCAAGGAAUACCAUCGUGCUCUGCCAGAAGCUGUCUGGUUUGCAGGUUAGAGGGUUUUACUUGGAGAAGAAAAUCCCUCUGCCAACGACCUACUCAAGAGACUUUAUUCCGGCAAACAGUAAUGAUAUUCCUACUCCAGAGACUGCAAGAGCAUGGUCUCCUCUUGAACACAUUGCAGAGGAGAUUGAUCCUCAACAGAGCUGGGAUGUCGGUCUCUUAAUUGGCUACAACUGCUCCCAGGCUCUCCUUCCAAUAAAAUUUUUGUCUGGUAAGGGAAAUCAGCCUUUUGCUCAGAGAACAGACCUUGGCUGGAGCAUAGUUGGCUAUGGAAACCCAUGUAUCGACUAUGGCGAUGCUAUUGGAAUGAGUCAUCGGGUUAUCGUUAGACAGGUGAUGCCAAGUCUUCAAUGUUCUUCCAACCUCACAAAUCAAGUGCACUAUGUUUGUAGAACACACGUAAGAGAGGUAAUCACAGCACUGGACAUUAUCAAGACGCUUGAAUCCGACUUCAACGAGAGAGCUGCAGAAGAGGACCUCAUAUCUCAAGAGGAUAUCCGGUUCCUGACAAAAAUGAAAGCGGGCAUCAGACACAAGGACAGUGGACAUUACGAGAUGCCGCUGCCAUUUAAGGAAGAAAGACCCAACCUGCCGAACAAUAAGACAUGUGCAGUUCACCAUCUCAAGUGCCUGGAAAGGAGGCUAAGGAGAGACAAGCAGUACUAUAAGGACUACACAGCAUUCAUGGAAGAGACCAUAGCUUGUGGAGAUGCUGAGAAGGUCUCCGAGGAGGAAAUUAACAAGCAUCCAGCAUGGUACAUCCUGCACCAUGGGGUUUAUCACCCACAAAAGCCUGGGAAGAUACGAGUCGUCUUUGACUGCUCAGUGAAGUUUCGAGAGACGUCCUUAAAUGACCAUCUCCUUACCGGUCCAGAGUUGACAAACACGUUGCUGGGUGUCCUUUGCCAUUUUCUUAAGGGUCCAGUCACAGUCAUGUGUGACGUAGAGCGCAAGUUCCACCAGUUUCAUGUGAAAGCAGAAGACCAAGAUUAUCUGCGGUUCCUUUGGUGGGAGAACAGAGAUCUAGAGUCUCAACCCUCAAUGUAUCGUAUGAAGGUCCACUUGUUCGGCGCAGCUUCAUCUCCUGGGUGUGCCAACUAUGGCCUCAACCAUCUUGCUGCCGAAGGACGAGGAAGCUUCAGUGAGGAGUCUAUCCAGUUCAUAGAAAGGAACUUUUAUGUUGAUGUUGGGUUGGCAAACUUCGGUUGCACAAGUUUAUCUCUAACAGCAAGGAAGUUAUAGCCACAAUUCCCAAGGAAGAACGUGCUGAGGGUGCCAAAGACCUGGAUAUGGCUCUGGGUGAACCACACAUGGAGAGGGCACUUGGUGUACUGUGGUGUGUCGCAUCAGACGAGUUCCAGUUUAGAGUAGUUGUCAAGGAGCGCCCACUCACAAGAAGAGGAGUGUUGUCUACAGUAGCCUCUGUAUAUGAUCCGCUUGGGUUUGUGGCACCCUUUGUCCUGGCAGGGAAGCAGAUGUGUCGUGACAAGAUCGACUGGGAUGACCCCCUUCCAGAUGACCUACGUUCCCAGUGGGAAUUCUGGCUCCAAGGUCUACAAAACCUUUCUGAAAUAAGGGAUCCAAUGAGGCUACUUGCCAUCAAGUUUCAAGGAAAUGCAGAGUUAUGAGCUCCAUCACUUCUCCGACGCUAGUACCUCAGGUUAUGGAGAGUGCUCAUACCUCAGAACAAUCAGCAUAGCAGGAGAAGUUCAUUGCUCCCUAGUUAUGGGAAGUCGAGAGUCGCCCCUUCUAAGGUUACGACCAUACCACGACUGGAACUUUCAGCAGCGGUGGUAACUGUUCGAACAAGUGACAUGCUCAAAAAGGAGCUAGAGAUACAAGGUUCUACAGGAAUUCUUCUGGACAGACUCGAAGGUAGUUCUUGGCUACAUCAACAAUGAAGCCAGAAGAUUCCACAUCUUUGUAGCUAACCGUAUUCAACGCAUUAAGCAAAGCACAGAUCUUGACAAUGAAGUCCACAAUUAUCUUACCACCACCUGGACAGUUCAUCAAGGAAGAUCUUUAUCUCCGCAAGAGAUGGCGCAGAGUACAAUUCUUAGCCAAUGAAUUCUAGACAAGGUGGAAGAAAGAGUACCUCCUAAACCUCCAACACAGACUGAAAUGAAAUAAAGACAGAAGAAACACAAGGAUUAAUGACAUUGUCAUCUUGCAAGAUGAUACUCCACCACGCAACCAGUGGAAAUUGGCAAAGGUUACAGAAGUGUACCCGGGACAGGAUGGCCGGGUGAGAAGAUUCAAGUUACUGAUCAGCGACUCAACCCUGGAUGAGAGAGGUAACCGCAUCACCAAAACCACCUAUCUGGAGAGGCCCAUCCAUAAGACAGUCACCCUCCUGGAAGCCGAUCAAGAAACCUGCAGACCUCUUUCACAGAAAUCACCGGUGAUUGGUGGGAGUGUAACUGACAAUUAACCUAUAAGUCUAUGUUGUUGUUUUUUGUUUGAAUUGUUUACGUGUUCGCUAUGCGGGGGAAAUGAUAAGACAAGUGGAACUAUGUGGCUAAUAACUGUUGUAACGGGGAUCAUUAUCGUAGCAACACACCUUUGGAGUGAAGGCAGUCCCGCGCUGUGUUAGCUAAGUUUUCAUGUCUUCGGGUGUAGUUCGUAAAGGUUGAAGUGUGUAUGUUAGGAUGGUAACGUUGUAAUAAUUAAGGAUGAAGCGUGAAUUCAUGCCAGGAAUGUUAAGUGUGAAGUUUUGAUUUCCUCCCUUCUGUAAUUAGCAGCCAAUGAGGUAUUUUUCCUUAAUUAAUGUGUUUAAUCUGAUACUGUUAUAGCUCCAGCUAAACUGUUUAUGUAUGUAAGCACUUCAGAGUUAUACCAAGCUAAUAAGUCACUCGUAAGACAAGAAAGUUGUAAGAGUGUGCUUAACUGUAUUUUCAUUUACUUUAUAGUUCUCACGGAAGGUGAUAAUUCUGACUAAAACUACAGAAUAAAGCCGCCAGUUAAAAUCAAGGAACGGUUGUGCUCGUGGUUACUGGAGGGAGCUACAGUGAUUACAAAGGCAAAAAUAGGACACAACCUCUGUCCUCCCAAGACCCCGUUCCUCAAUUCCCCCUCAGUCCAGACAGACAGUUCUGUCACAGCUGGCACUUCUGUGCUCAUCGUUUCCUACCCUCCUUUCAGUGGAUCAGUACAAUUAAACAAUGUAAGCCGGCACAUUUAACCGAUGACUCAUUGUUUUUCCCUGUGUCAUUUGGUCCAGAGCAAGCAAGUGGAAAAUAUGUAGGAGUUCUGAGAGGGUAUCAUCUUAAAUUGUCGCUAAAUUAAAGAGCGCAUUGGGGAUCUGGAGUUCCUCAUUGGCUAGCAGUGUGUUGUUGAAGAACCAGAGGGCCUAGUUCUAGUUCUGUCCUGUCACCAUGACGAUGCCUGCUCUAUGUAUAAUAACCCUUUGUGCUCCGUAGCAUCACGGGCAUUAGAGGAGUUUAAACAGUCACAGGAACACGGCUCAAAUAAAGAAUGUAUGACGGGAAAUUAGUCUCCCAAAACAUCUCUUCCUAUUCAGCCCACCCCAGUGCAUCAGAGCACAGCUACUCCAGCAUGCCGCAUUUAGCCUCUUAGACCCCAACAAAUCAGGGUAUUUAUAGCAAAUUCCGCCCUUCUUAUUCUUUUUAAAACUGUUAAUCAAGAUUAGCGGAUGCCGAAUGGUAUUUGGGAUUUCCAUUGUUUCUCUCCAUGCAUUGAGGGAAUGGGGAAUCAGGGCAAAGAGUUAAAGGGCAAUUCCGCCACUUUUCAACCUCAUAUACACUAUCUUCAGCAACAUACCAGUGUCUAUAUAUGUGAAAACAGCACGUUUCUAUGAUUAAAAAGAUAAGAAAGGUCCUAAAAAAGCUCAGUUCAAAUCACAUUUUAUUGGUCACAUACACAUGGUUAGCAGAUGUUAAUGCGAGUGUAGAGAAAUGCUUGUGCUUCUAGUUCCGACAGUGCAGUA